AUGCCCGCCUCCAUUCCCAGCCCCAGCUCGGCUGCCUUCAUGUCUGCCUCGGCGGCCUCGGCCGACAGCUCCCCGGCCAUCUCCUUGCUGAAUAGCUCGUUGGCCGGCUUCGCGCCCAGCGCUGCGCAGGCCGCCGCGCGAUUCGGCCGCCGCCUGUUCCCACUCGGCCAUCUUGAGGCCUUGGGUGCCCUGGACGACUUCCUCUAUCUCCAAGGCCACGCGGGCCCCUCGCAGCAAGCUCGACCGCGAUUCAAGUAGUCACCGCCGCGUAAGGAAUCACAGCAGGUAGGACAGCCGUUGUCGAGGCUGCUGAAGCAACGGCAGUUGUUGAGGGCGCCGCAGGAGGAGCAUCAGCCGCCGAGGGAGGAGGGGCGGCAGCAGCAGCUGGUGCCCAAGCGUCCGGAGCAGCGCAGCUCUCCCUCCUCAGGAAAGCAGCACAGGUAGCGCAAUGGGCGACGCGUCAGAUCGUCGAGUCGAGGCGUUCGACCUCGGUAUGCAGGCGAUGGAGAAGGCCAUCGCGAAGCUGUACGAGGUGACCAAGUCGCCCAAGGCCAAGGCCAUGGACGAUAUUGUCAAGAAGUUCAACAUGGCUAUCAGCUUGCUCGAGGGCGCUCUCAAGGACUGGGCGAACUGGAUGGCGGCAAACUUUGACAACAGGGCGAGCUUUGGUACCACCCAGGUGCCCCAUCUCAUUCUCUCUCGCUUUGACGCGUUCAGGAACAGUAUCGACACCUUGA